AUGUCUGUCCAAAAUCUUUUCUUCCAGUCACCUCCUUCUAUUGUUCUCUCUCUUUCCCCUACAUUUCUCCUCCUCACUCGAUUCUUUGUUGUGAGAUUUCCUCCACCCCCCCUCUCUCUCUCUCUCUCUCUUUUCCCUCUCUCUCCCCUCAAUAUUUCUUUGUUUUUCCUUUUGUUUAUUUUUAUACGAGUUUCCUCCUCCCGCUCUCUCUUUCACCCUCUCUCUCUAUGUACAUUUCACUCUUUUUCGUUGUAUUCUUUUUGUACGAGACUUCCCCCCCUUAUCUCCGUCUUUUCUCUUUCUCUCUCUAUUCCUCUACAUUUAUCUCAUUUUUAUUUUUUUUAUGUUUAUAAGAGCUUCCUUUCUUCCUUCUUUUUACCCCUCUCUCUCUCUUUCUCUCACUCUCACUCUCUCUCUAUUUCUUCCUGUAUAUGUCUCUCUUUUUCGUUUUAUUCAUUUUUAUACGAGAUUCCUCCCUUUUCUCUCUCUAUCUUUCUUUUUCUCUUUCUUUAUCUACAUUUCUUUCUUUAUCGCUUUAUACUUUUGGUACGGGAUUUACCCCCCCCCCCCUCUCUCUCUCUCUCUUCACCCCUCUCUCUACAUAUCUCUCCUCUUCAUUUUAUUUUUUUGUACGAGAUUUCCCGGUCUCUCUCUCACUAUCUCACUCUCUCUCUUCCUCUUUCUUGUAUAUUUUUUUUCGUUUUAUUCCUUCUUCUACAAGAUUUCCCCCCUCUCUCUCUCUCUCUCUCUCUCUCUCUCUCUCUCUCUCUCUCUUCUAUAUUUCUCUUUAUCGCUUUAUUCAUUUUUGCACGAGAUUUUCCCCAAUGUCUUUCUUUCUACCCCUCUCUCUCUUUCUCUCUCACUCUUUUCUAUUUCUCUUUUUUUCGUCUUCUUCACUUUUCCACUCUCUCUUUCUUACUACCUGUAUCUCUCUUUCUUUCUAACCCCCCUUUCUCUCUCUUCUAUUUUCUCUCUUUUUUCGCUUAA